AUGCCGGACGUUUCGAAACAAGCAGAAGAGCGCCAGCUCACUUACAAACGAUAUGAACAACUGCGACGCGAAUUAGACGACCUCAACCACAAAAAGUCUGAUCUUGACGUUCAGUUGGCUCGUUUAGAACGAGAAAUAUACAAUUUCGAGGGCGACUAUCUCGCCAAUACCAUACAUCACGGCGGAAACCUUAUCCGUGGAUUCGACAAUUUUUUAAAGAAUGCCAGCAACUUGGACAAGAAAAAAAAGCUGCCAGUACUUGCUAGCGAUCGGCUCUUUUCAAUGUCGAGUUCAACAUACGAGAAAGCGCUACAAAUAAAAGUAGAAUCUCCUGCCAACUGUUACAAAACGCUCAAGAACAAGAGCAGGCAAAAAAAGAGAAAAGCUAUUGACUGGCCCGCAGGUAUUGCAAAGAGAACAAGAAGUAGCAAAAGCGAAGGAGAAUUGGAUUGA